UGCGCCCUCUUUGAUAACUUCUAUCAGUACAAAUACCUGGAAAACCUAACACUGAACUCACACCCCCAGACCACAUACAAUCUUUUUCUCUGUUUCUCAAAGUUCUCAUCUGAACUAAGCUAUCUUUCAUCAUACAAAUGUAUUCGCUAGGUUUUAUCUUAUUUCUCCUUUGUCUUCCUAUGCAUGCAUGCGAUGCUCGUUGUCUAGGUUAUGCUGCUGAAGGUAUUGACAAUCAUGCCGAUUUUCUUGCCAAGGAUGUCAAUAAGUUGAAGCUCCACGAUCAACUACAGAUGAGGUCUUCAAUCUCAAAGGAAGUACAAACACAAGAAUAUGGGGUUCACGGAAUAAGAAAACAAGAGAAUGAGACUGAUGCAAAUGAUAUGAAACAAACACUUUGCAACUUACUUCUCAAGGCAAAAGAAGCUGUUGAAAAUGCUAUUUCAUCAGGAUAUGAAAUUAUCUUGUCUUCUGGGGUUGAUUUCCACGGCAUGGCAAAAGUAGAGGGAUUGAAGAGAGUAAGAAGGUCAAGGUCCAUGUUAGGAAAUUCAGGUGGUGACACUGAGGAAGAUGUGGGUUCCAAGGAAAAGGAUAUGGUGGAUGGGGACAUUGACGACGUUAUGGAUUAUUCACAACCUCAUCGGAAACCUCCUAUUCAUAAUGAAAAAAACUAGACAACACUCGUUAAUAUUACCCAAAAUGUUAAUGUUUCGUACCAGCUUCUAGUUUCAUUUAAAAGAGAACCAAGAAAAGGUUAUUAUGGUUUCUCCCCUAAAACUACCAUCUUUUGGCUACCUGUUCAAGGGCGUUUCGUAUGUUAUUUUAUGGUCAAAAUUGAAAUAUAUAUGUUAAGUCCAA